GACAAGUGUAACAAGUCAGCCAAAUAACAUCCAAACCAAACACAUUCUUGGACUGAGAGAGAGAAGAAGAAAGUCUCAGCUAUGGCAGCUGCUGCUGCUGCUGCUUGUGGUACAGUCAAGUAUGGGAUUGUAGGUGUGGGUAUGAUGGGUCGAGAGCACCUCAUCAAUCUAUACCAUCUUCGCUCUGAAGGUGUGGCCGUGGUAGCCAUAGCUGACCCUCAUGUUCCUUCCCAAAAGCUGGCCUUGGACUUGGCUCACUCUUACAAUUGGCCUAUAAAGGUUUUUGUCAGGGCAUAAGGAGCUAUUGGAUAGUCUUCUCUGUGAUGUGGUGGUUGUGUCAACUCCAAAUAUGACCCAUCAUCAUAUUCUAAUGGAUAUAAUUAACCACCCCAAACCCCACCAUGUACUGGUGGAGAAGCCGUUGUGUACCACCGUAGCUCACUGCAAAGAGGUUAUUAAAGCCGCUACAAAGAGGCAGGAUAUUUUGGUACAAGUUGGACUGGAGUAUAGAUACAUGCCACCUGUUGCUAAACUGAUAAACUUAGUGAAGGGUGGAAGUCUUGGGCAGGUCAAAAUGGUGGCAAUCCGAGAACACAGGUUUCCUUUCUUAAUUAAGGUCAACAAUUGGAAUCGGUUUAAUGUAAACUCUGGGGGAACACUGGUAGAGAAGUGCUGCCACUUCUUUGAUUUAAUGAGGCUGUUUGCUGGAGCUAAUCCUCUUCGUGUGAUGGCUUCUGGAGCCAUUGAUGUUAACCACAAAGAUGAAAUAUAUGAUGGAAAGGUACCAGAUAUAAUUGACAAUGCGUAUGUUAUUGUCGAAUUUGAUAAUGGUUCUCGUGGGAUGCUUGACCUUUGUAUGUUUGCUGAAGGGAGUAAAAAUGAGCAAGAGAUAUCUGUUGUUGGUGACAUCGGAAAGGGAGAAGCCUUUGUUCCUGAGAGUAUUGUACGUUAUGGUACUCGAGUAGCUGGGAGAGAUGGUGUCAAGACUUUAAAAGCUGAUAAUGAUCAGAUAAAAUAUGAUGGGCUGCAUCAUGGAUCUAGCUAUUUGGAACACAUGCACUUCUUAUCUGCAAUCAGGGCUAAACAAGGUCCUGCUGUUGAUUUGCAUGAUGGGUUAGUUUCCGUUGCCAUUGGAGUUGCAGCACAGCUUUCCAUAGAGAAGGGCCGGUUUGUCACGAUAGAAGAAGUCAUGAAUUAGUGCAAUUGUAUAAUUUCUGGAUAGGUCUUGAUUAUGUUUUUGGUUACUGUCAAUCUCAGGCAGAGCUGAGGUUUGGCUAGCAUAUAUAAAGACUCAUCUGUUUUUUCUCAUGUUUAUCUCUGCUUAUUUGUUUUAUAUCGCCUACUGUUGAAAGAUAUGAAUUUAUUGUGAAGUGGCCAACUGUGUUGAAGUUAUCCUGGCUUCCAGAAAUGAGUUGAAUAUCAUUUUACCUGAA